AUGCUUGUCUCCAACCUCUUCACUUUGCUCGCGCUUGCGCUUACCGUCUCCGCCUCUCCUCUUGUCGUCCGUCAGACCACCGCUUCCGGCAAUGAUGGUUCCGGUGACCAAGACGUUGGCAACAAAGGACAGAACUCUGGUAACGCGGCGGCCAACAAGGGCGCUGUAAAGGGUGACUACACUGUCGAGCAGGGUGUCCAGACCUGCGGUAACGCCCAGCUCAACUGCUGCAACAAGGUUGAGAAGAAGGGAGACACCACCAGUGCAGGGCUCCUCGGAAGCGUCUUUGGCAGUGGCGAUUUGGGUGUUCAGUGCACUCCCAUCAAUCUUCCAGCCGUUAUCGGUGUCCAGGUCCCAAUCAACAAGGCUUGCGACGCAAAGGCUGCUUGUUGCCAGGGAGACAACAACCAAAACGGUGUCGCAAACGUCGGAUGUGUUGCUCUUACGUCGCUUAUCUAG